AUGGACGACUGUUCCCUUGCUUCAGUGCGUAUUUCUUCUUCUUGGAAAAAAGUCAAUGAGUUAGCUACAUCUUCAACUUCAACAGAUCCUAUAAAACGAACAGAUGUGGCAUGUGAUCCUAUGGAGAAAAAAUCUGUUGAAGUUCAAACAGAUCCAUUAUCCUCAGCUGUUCCCGUUGAUCAUAUAACAAUAGAUGAAAAGGUGCUUCAAAAUCUCGAGAAACUGCUGCAAGAAAACAUUCGGACAGUAUCUGUAUUCGAUGAAUUGAACGCGUUCAUGAAACUAGAUAGUAUACGCUUAGAAACAUUAAGAACAUACGACCAGAAAAUGUUAGCAGACGAAGAACACGGAGUUAUUCAUAUCUCGUGCGGGUCUGCCGGACGAACUGCACUGCUCUUGGGGGAGCAAUUUCAUACGUCCUGGUGUGGUCAUCAAGCUAAGGUUAUCAUAAGUCAAAGAAACAAGAUAACUUCGUUUCCUCAAGCUGUAUGUUCAACCUAUUCAGCAUGGUCUACGCAAGGCAUUUUGGCGGUUGGGAACAUUUCAGGAGAGAUUUUGAUGUAUUCUACGGAAAAGCUAAUAACUGUUAAUUCUAAGCAAUCCCACGCUAUAACUUCACUCAAUUGGUAUUCUGCUUCACGUUUAAUUUCUUGCAACAAUGAUGGUCAAGUAGCUAUAUGGGUUCUAAAAGGGUCUGAGUUGGAAUUAGAACAGAGUGUGAAUUUGUCAGUUGUCAAUUUGCCGAGGAAAAUCAGGAAAGCGUCAGCUUCCAACAAGUCGUUAGCGAUUGCUGCCAUGGAUAGAAAUAAGAAUGAACUGUAUGUGGCUUCUGAAACAGGAGGAUUGUGGUUGAUCUCGCUCCCUGAGUUACAAAUCAAGAGUAUUCCCAGUGAGCCUAGGGGAAUCCAACUUCUAUGUUACGCUUCACAACUACUUGCUAUUGUUGAUGACUUCUCCAAUGUAACUCUGAUUUCCGCAGAUGGCUCUCCAGUGGAUAACUUAAAAAUCUCUGCAAGAUGGUUGUUUGGAAGUUCAGGUAUGGUAGUGGUUUCGGAUGGGUCUCGGUUGAUUUUUUAUGAUUGUGAGGAACAGAAGCUUAUAUAUGAUGAGAAAGUAUCUCUAAUAGCAAUUGCCCAAAGCGCCAUAAGUUCAGAGAUAGUUGUCUUAACGCGAAGUUAUGAAUUGAUAACUUAUAACGUUGUAAGAGAAUAA